AAAGCGCCCUGCUUUUUUUCCCUCCAUCUCCUCUGUUUGCCCUGUUCUCCGUUUCACAAGGUAUCAGCGCUCGCAAAAGGAUUCCUUUUUCUUUUAGCACCGCAAGGAAAGUUUCCGGUUCUUUCCUUCCUCCUUACAGCUCUCUGUUUAUCUUUCUGAGAGAGAGAGAAGAAGAAGAAGACGAAGAAGAAGAAGAAGAAGAAGAAGAAGGAGGAGAAGAAGGAGGAGGAGAUGGGAGCAGGAAGAGGCCUCGUUGCUGGUUCAGGGAAAGAGUUUGUGGUCAUCAAUGCCGAGGAUUCUUGGAGGGAGAAACCUUUACAAGUAUUAGGAAGCGGGGUUUGCCAGAUUUGUGGAGAACAUAUUGAGAUAUUGGAAUUCAACAAUAUCAAAGAGUUCUUUGUUGCUUGCAAUGAAUGUGCGUUUCCUGUAUGUAGACCCUGCUAUGAGUAUGAGAGAAGAGAGGGUGAUCAAGUCUGUCCUCAAUGCAAGACUCGAUAUAAGCGGCAAAAAGGUAGUCGACGGGUAGACGGCGAUGAGGAAGAAGACGAAGCUGAUGACUUGGAUCAUGAAUUUAGUUUAUGCAAUGCUAAUUGGAUCAGCUCUGGUUCAAAGUUUGACAUCCAAAACAAAUCGGAUUGGUGGAGCUCUCACAGUAACAUUGGGGCUGGCACCUCUGAUAUCUAUCAUUCUAAUUCAAAGAAUAAUACUGGUUUCCCUUGUAUUACUUAUGGAGAGGUUGAUGGUCAUGAUCCUCAAGCUCUAAUAGUUCCUUCAUCUGUAAACUCCCGGGACUCUCUGGAUCAGGUGCUCUGUCAAGCAGAAUCAAGCACAGCUCUUCAGCCAAGACCAAUGAACAAAAGUAGAGACAUGUCAUUAUAUGGUUAUGGAAGUAUUGCAGGGAAGAAUACAGUAGAAAAUUGGAAGAGAAAGCAGCUUCAUAUGCAGCAAAAGACUGGAGCAGGUGGCUGUGCUUUCCAAGAAGAUUAUAUGGAUUAUGAAGAAGGUGAUUCUGAUACACUAAUUUGCAGAAUGGAUGAAGCAAGAAAACCACUGUCAAGAAAAUUACCAAUAGCAUCAAAGAAGAUCAACCCAUACAGAAUCGUAAUAAUUCUUCGGCUCAUCAUUAUUGGCUUCUUUCUCCAUUACAGACUUCUAAAUCCAGUGGAAAAUGCCUAUGCAUUAUGGCUAAUAUCAGUCAUAUGUGAAGUAUGCUUUACAGUAUCAUGGCUAUUGGAUCAGUUCCCAAAAUGGUACCCAAUAGAGCGAGAAACUUUCUUAGAUCGCCUUUCAUUAAGGUACGAGAAAGAAGAAGAACAAUCUCAGUUAGCAGAUAUUGAUGUUUUUAUCAACACAGAAGAUCCUAAGAAAGAACAUCCUCUAAUAACUGCCAAUGCAGUUUUGUCUAUACUAGCUGUUGAUUAUCCGGCUCAUAAAGUUUCAUGCUAUGUAUCUGAUGAUGGAGCUGCAAUGCUCACAUUUGAGGCACUCUCUGAAACAUCACUAUUUGCCAAAAAAUGGGUUCCAUUCUGCAAAAAAUUUAACAUUGAACCUCGCGCUCCAGAAUCCUAUUUCAAUCAGAAAAUAAAUUACCUAAAAAGCAAAAUUGAUCCAGCAUUUGUUGGGGAGCGCCGCGCAAUGAAGAGAGAAUAUGAGGAGUUCAAGAUUCGGAUUAAUGGAUUAAUUUCCAUGUCGCAAAAAGUUCCUGAAGGAGGUUGGACAAUGCAACACGGAGUUCCUUGGCCGGGAAAUGAUGCCCAGGAUCAUCCAGGAAUGGUUCAGCCUUUAAAACAAUUGACCUAUGGUUCAACAAUGGGUAACUACCAAGUGCGCUUUAGUACUUCAGUAUUGAAAAGCUAA